AUGACCCUUAAAGAAUCUCUCGGCCGCCUUAAAUGGGGGAUUUUCCCAGUGCGCAGAAUUGUCGAUGAAGAUUUGGACUACAACUAUGAAGAGGAAGACACUGUUUCUGAAAAGGGUUCAUUCAGUGAAGAGGUAGAAAAAUCUCCAGAAGCCGACUCAUUCGAAUACCGUGACGAGGCCAACCGUUCCUGGUGGAGGUUUUUUGAUGAAUGGGAGUAUAGAGCCCCAAGAGGUGACAAACCUGUCAAUGGGCGGAUCCCAGCCAAAUGGUAUCAUUGGUUUGAUCCAAAUGACACUCCUGCUGAGAGAAAGCUUGUCAUGAAAUUGGAUAUUCUCCUUACAUUUUACUCCAUGAUGGCAUACUGGGUCAAAUACUUGGAUCAAUCCAACUUGAACAAUGCCUACGUCGCUGGUCUUAAGCAAGGUGUUGGUAUGAAGGGUAAUGAUUUAGUCGACACACAAGUGAUGUUCAAUAUUGGUAACAUCAUCUUCCAAAUCCCAUUCAUGUACGUUCUUGUUGCUCUCCCGUUGAAUUAUGUUCUUCCAGGUUUGGAUCUUAUUUGGUCCAUCUUAACUAUUGUCACCGCCUUCGUUACAGAUGUGCCGGGCCUUAAAGCUAUUAGAUUCUUCAUUGGUGCUUGCGAAAGUGGUAACUACUUGGCAUACCAAUUUUUGUUUGGUGCAUUUUAUACCCAUAACAUUUCCAUUCGCUCUAUGUGUUAUUACCUUGGCCAGUACUUAGGAAUCUUAACAUCAGGCCUUUUAUCCGGUGCUAUUGUCAGAAAUUAUAGCGGAGUUCAUGGUCUUGAUGCUUGGCAAUGGAUCUUCAUAUUUGACGGUAUUAUUUCGCUCAUUGUUGGUUUCAUUGGUAUUUAUAUGCUUCCAGGCACCCCAGAUAAUUGUUACUCGAUAUGGCUUUCUGAUGAUGAAAUUAGACUUCUCCGCAGAAAGCUUAAGAGAAACCAUACAGCUGGCUCUCCAACCAACCAUGUGUCUUCCUUCUUUGACGCAAAACUUUGGAAAGAAAUCUUUUCUCUGUGGCAUAUUUACGUCCUUUCCCUUUGGAAUAUUCUUUGUUGGUGUAACAGUAAUGGUGCAUCCGGGGCUUAUAUUCUUUGGUUGAAAUCUUUAACAAAGGUCGAUUCCCUUACUGGUAAAGUGGUUGCAAAAUUCGGUGCUGGUGAGCUUCAAGAUUAUACAGCUUUAACCCCAGGUCUUGGGUUACUUUGGCUCAUGGUUAUUUGUGCCGGUGCGGAUUUCUUCAAAUGUCGCUGGGGUGCAAUCGUUGUGUCUCAAAUUUUCAAUGUGACUGGUAACAUUAUCCUUGCCGUGUGGAAUGUUCCUGAAGGUGCUAAAUGGUUUGCCUGGUGUUUGCAAUACUUUGGCUGGGCCAUGGCUCCAGUCUUAUACUCUUGGCAAAAUGACAUUUGUCGUAGAGACUCAAGAAAAAGAGUGGUUGUCUUGGUCACUAUGAAUAUUCUUGCUCAAUCUACCACAGUGUGGACUUCAGUUCUUGUAUGGAAGACCGUUGAAGCCCCAAGAUAUUUGAAAGGUUAUAGUUUUACAGCCACUGCUGGUUUCUUAUUGUCAGUUUGGACCUUUGUGGUUUUGUGGCUUUACAAAAAGCAAGAACGAAAAUACUCUAAACAAAAUGGUAUUGUUUUGUACAACCUGAAAACUGACCCUGAUUUCUUAGUAAAUUUGGAAAAGAAGAGUGAGGAGAAAGUGGUGAGCAUCGACAAAGUUACUGUCCCCGAGAAGUUGGAAAAGUAG